AUGCCUCCCUCCAUAGCCGUCUCCGCAAGCCCUCACAGUACCCCCUCCAAGCUCAACUUGCACGAGUCGACUGCUGUCCGCUUUGCCAGUGCCGGUGCUGCUGGGUUAGCUGAGGUCAUCGUCUUUCACCCCGUCGAUACUAUUUCCAAGCGAUUGAUGCGGAAUCAGAGUCAUAUUAGCUCCGCAUCACAGCUCAAUGCGGUGGUGUUUCGGCACCAUGCCUCAGGCUCUUUGCAUCGCCGCUUCUUCAGCCUCUUCCCUGGACUUGGAUACGCUGCUAGCUAUAAGAUUCUGCAGCGUGUUCACAAGUAUGGCGGUCAGCCUCUCAUUCGUGUCUAUCUAAAAGAACACCACGGGCCGUCAUUUGACCAGAUGUUUGGUGGCCACAAUAGCAAAACGAUGAUCCAUGCUACGGCUGGCAGCUUGGUCGGCGUUACCGAGAUUAUCUUCCUUCCCCUCGACGUCCUCAAGAUCAAGCGCCAGACGAACCCUCAAGCUCUAAAUGGUCGUGGUAUAUUCAGUAUCCUACGCGAAGAGGGAGGUGGCCUCUAUCGCGGCUCGAGCUGGACGGCUGCUCGGAACGCCUUGGGCUCAUUCGCACUAUUCGGCGGCUGCGCCGCAGCCAAGCAGUACCUGUUUGGCCUCGAGGACUACAAUUCUGCCACAUGCACCCAGAAUUUGGUCGCUUCCGGUGUUGGCUCCUGUGCGUCAAUCAUCGUCGCUUCUCCACUUGAUGUCGUCAAGACGCGGCUUCAAAGCCAGGGAUUUGGCUCCAAGGAGUCAGGGUUCCGUAUUGUUGGCAGGAUGGCUCGACAUGAAGGCCCAGGGUCCUUUUUCAAGGCCUUACUCCCCAAGCUUCUCACGACAGGACCAAAAAUCACAGUCCUCAUUACCGGCGCUUCUGGCUAUCUCGGCGGGACCUUGUUGGCCCGCCUCGAGUCCGCGAACCUGCCGCCCUACGAUAAGCUCUUCGCCCUUGUGCGGACGGACGCUCAGGCCGAAGCGGUCAAGCAGUACGGUCUCGAGCCGCUCACUUUCGACAUUCGGAACGAGGCAGCAGUGCAGGACGCCGUCGUCAGCAAUGCGAUCACGGUGGUGUACUAUCUGCCCGACGCUCUCAGCCCGGAGCCACCCUCGUACUUCAUCAAGGCACUCGCCAGUGUGAAGGAGAAGACAGGGUCGACCGUACACUUCUUGUUUACGACUGGAGCCAAGAUGUUCUCCUCUUUCACCGGAGCACCGACCGACCGCCCCGUACCGGAUACGGACCCGAGCUGGUACGAGAUCCAGAAAGCUCAAGUGAACUCACAGAGCAUCCCGUUUAUGUUUAAGGGGGUGGCGACGAACAACAGCAUCGUUGAGGCGGGAGAAAGACUGGGCGUUCGGACAUACAUAUUUGCUCCUUGCAUCGUCUACGGAGAAGGGGAAGGCUUCGGCAAGAAGAUCUCCAUUCAGACCGUGGCGAUCGUCAAGGCCGCCAAGGCAUUGGGCCGCAUGUACAAAUUUGAUCAAGAUAGCCCUAGUUGGCCCGUCUGCCAUGUCGCUGACAACACGACCCUUUACCUCGAGAUGCUGCGCCGAAUGAUCGCCGACGAGCCGCUCGACCACGGCAAAAAGGGAUACUAUCUUGCAUCUUCUGGCAGUGUGGCCUGGGACGACAUUUACAAGGCCAUGGGCAAGACGUUGAAGAAGCACGGCGUGAUCUCCGAUACCGCGGUAGCAAUCGCGGACCCCGGGAUCAUAGAAAAGAUUGCUGCAUUCAACAACGUUCCGAGAGAUGUGAUGACCACUUUCUUCGGUGGCAGAUGCACUUUCACUGCCGAGCAUGGCAAGGGCCUUGGGUGGAAGCCCAAGUAUGCGCCCGAGCAUAUUUUAGAGACGGCAGAGCAGGAAGUCGAGUUGAUCUUGAAGCAUCUUGACGGAAAGCUCUAG